AUGUAUUACUAUAAACCCAAAGUAAGUGUAAAGCCCCAGAGUUCAGUGUUCACUGGAGACACAGUUACUCUGAGCUGUGAUGUGGGACAGCCAACGGGACGAACGAUUAUCUGGUUCAAAGACUUCAAGAGAAUAGAAAAUGUUGAUCAAACAACAAUAACACUGAGAGAUGUGAAAGUCUCUGAUGGAGGAGUAUAUGCAUGUACUGUAGGAGGAGAGACCACACAAGGCCCAAGAGUCAUGUUAACAGUGAGAGAGAGACCCAAGCCGGUGUUGCAUGUUCAGCCUGAUGUACGUGUGAUCAGAGGACAGAUGGUCAUUCUCACAUGUGACAUACAGGAGACAAACGUCAGCAGCUGGAGCUACAGCUGGAGUAAAGAUGAUUCACAGAUUGAUGUCAGUCAGUCACAGGAAUACAGGAUCAGUUCUGUUAAUGAAUCUCACACGGGUCGUUACAGCUGUACUGGAAGAGAAACAGGAGGAUCACGAUCCUCACACACCAGUGACACAGUUACACUCACACUAUCAGGAUCGCUAGUACCAACAUCUUCAGGUGUUUUGAUGAUCGGAGUGAUUUCAGGAUUGAGUGGUGCAUUUCUGCUCAUUUUGUUAAUGGUCCUGCAGUUCUGCUGCAGACACAACAAAGGUGAAGGAUCUCCGUCUCCGUCUACAGACCAUCAGCUGCAGAACAUCAGGCAGACAGCAGAGCAUCAGAGGAACAAUGGACAAACACCAGCGAGCUCCAACGCUGUAACUGGGCCUCCGUCUGUGACCUAUAUGAAUGUUGGCCUGAAAUCAUUGGAGGAAAUGAGAAAGAAAAAUAAAGAAAAUAAAGGUAUGACAACAGAUUCGCAGUUGUUUGUUGUAAUGUAA